CCAACCUUGAAUGGGUCGCCUCGUCGUUCUCCCAUGCUUCUCACGCCGAAGAGUCGGUCUAGUUCUUCCCAGGGCUCCAGAAACCCCCUGUACUAUCUGUACCAGCAUUCAAAUGAAUGAAUUCGUAUCUUCUUAAUAGGACGCUUGGGUCUAUCCCUCCGUCUACCUUUCAUGUGGCCCAGACAUCUCGCUUGGUGCAGCUUCUGGAACCAGCGCCUGGGAUCCGCUUCGUGAGUAGGCCAGCGACAGGGGCAAGUCCGCCAGAGGACCAAAAUAUCCACCAAAAUACCCUCGACGAUGGAGACGGGAUAGCUGCCCACCAAGCUGGCGUCAAGGUGUUGGCCAUUGACCAGUUUGAAGGGCGAUAUAUGGUGUCGGGGGGCGCGGAUCCAUCCAUUCAUCUCUGGGACUUGGAGAGCCGAGGGUCCGACUUGCAUCAUGUUCACAGGUCUAUCGCAUCAGUGACCAAGGCCUCGCAUCGCGAGGCCCACACGCAUGCAAUCACUUCGGUUUCCAUCUACCCCUUUGAUCCAACGCCGUCAACGAUCUUGACCACCUCGCACGAUCGGACGCUCAAGCUGUCCGCCCUCGAGCCAACGUGCAUCACACCCGUUCAUACGUUUUCAUUUGACUUCACGCCAUACUCACACUCCUUUUCAUCGCACCCGGCGUCCUCUUUACUGAUUGCUGUCGGGACCUCGGAAAAAACAGUGCGGCUCCUGGAUCUGCGAUCUGGUCUGGCGACGCACGCCUUGCCGGGCCACAGCUCAGGCGUGUUGUCGGUGUCAUGGGCGCCUCACCGGCCACACAUUCUUGCCUCAGGCUCCACCGAUCAUCAAGUGAUUAUGUUUGAUGUUCGUCGCGCCGGACGCAACGCUGCCAUCGCGACGCUGGAUAUGGACGACCCAACCGGGGUAGUCCCCGUGUCUGGGCCUGGCCGAUCACCUUUCGCCCCGCACGCCCGUGCGCACACGGGUGCGGUGACAGGCGUGCGGUGGACGUCGAGCGGCUCGCAUCUUAUCACCGCAGGGCAAGAUGCUCGCAUCCGUGUCUGGGACGCAGCCACGGGGGCCAACACCCUAGUCCACUUCGGCCCACGCGUCCGCAAUAGCGUCUCGUCACAUCUGGCUGAGCGGGCGCCCCUGGUGCUGCCCGGGGGUAUCAUGGCAACCGGCCACGAAACCCUGCUGUGGCCAAAUUUCCAUGAGCACGAUGACCGUGGUGAGAUUUUCGUCUUCGAGAUGCGGGAAGGGACGUUUGUGAAACGACUCAAGGUACCCGGGCUGCUGGCCCGCAGGAACCUCGGCCAAGGGCGAGUGAGCGCCCUCAGCGCCGGACGGAUCAACGCCCUAGCCUGGCGGGGGAACGGAGCCUCGGGGGAAGGCCUGGAGCUCUUUUCCGCGCACGGCGAUGGCACGAUCCGAGCGUGGGUGUCGCGAGACGAGAUCGACGACGAAGAAAACGAAGAAAACGAGGAAGAAGUCGAUCGGAAACGUAAACGAGAGGUCCUGGAAGAAUUGUACCGGAUGAACAGUACAUAGACCAUACAUAAUGAGUAUAUCAGCAGUUGUCUUGUAUACCCCAUAUAAUAGAUACACAUUACAGUUUGGAAUAGAGAUCAUCUAGAUACUCUGAAAGAUACAUGCUAAACCCCCUGCUCCUUAUCUGCAAUCCUAUCCGCUGCAUCACGAUCCUCACCAGCGAAGCGAUCGAAAGCACUCCGAUUCUUAUUCCCAUGCUUGACACUCCUCUGACUCCCCUUAGCGCCAGGAUCCCCCAUCACCUCCGCUGAAAGGUUCUUCUCCUCCACCGAGGCGGGCAUCGUAUCCCCGGUCAUAGCGGACACGACCUCCCCCG